AUGGCUUCAGCAACCUGGGAUGGUCAGGACCAGCAUAUGGCUUCCACAACCGAAGAUGAAUUCAACCAGUUCCUUGACAUGAGCGGCAUGGGAAAUAUGGGCGACGGCAUGCAGUUUGACUUCCACGGAUUUCAGGAUGGUUCCUCUCAGUCGAUGAUGAAUCAACACCAUCACCAACAUCAGCACCGGCAACAAACCGACGCCAUCAUGGGCGAUGCUGAUUCCUCUUCUCAUAUCAUCCCCCGCAGUGACGGCCUGCUGCAAAAUCAUACACCCGCCAUGGUGACGACUGCCGCUAUGCAAACUCAAUUGCUUGCGACUUCUGCCCCAAGCGACACCAUUUCAAGCAUUGACGCUCAGAUCCAGUAUCUCCAGCAGCAAAAGUUUCACCAGCAACAGCGUCAACUUCAAGAGCAGCGGGCGACUUUUUUUGCCAGUCAAAGCCACUCGGUUCCUCCUACUCCGCAAAGCAUGGAGAUGCCGCCUGGUAGUGGGCAGUUUUACUCCCAGGCAGAGCAAAUGCCUCAGCGAACUGCCUAUGACCGUGGGUAUCAUCAAAGAAUUGCGGAACAACAAGAUAUGGCCUUUACUCCGCUUGUUUCUCCGGCUGUGACGCCUUUGGAUCCUCACUUCAACAUGGAAAAUGCCUUCACAGUUCCCGGAGCUUAUUUCAGUCCCUUAACUUCGCCUGCUUUGCACGCCCAAAACGACUCAUCAUCUGUUUACGACCAUAGCACGCAAUCUAAUAACUCGCCUGUCGAAAUGGAUUUGGAAGCACCUGCUAUUGCUCCAACUGCAGGGUCAAGUACAAAUUUGUCCAAGAAGGCUAGAAAGAAUAAUGCAGUCAAGGCACGAGGUAAAGGUGUGAAGAAUUCUCCUAUUGUGAAGCCGCAACGACGGAAAACGGGACCCAGCCCAGCCAUUGUGUCACAAGUGCUGAACGAGGUGGAUGAGAGAGGUAUGCAGUCAGCCGACCAGGGGCUACUCCCUCUGCCAGCCACAUCAACUGAGGGUUCGGAAGAAAAUGCUUCUGUAUCACCCGAAAACCUGACUGAAAUGCCUCCCCCUCCUGUUCCUGCUCGGCGAUCGACUAGCAAAUCUCCCUACAUUCAAGCUCAGAACGGCAACUCACAGCAGCCCACGCCUCGCUCCCUCGCCGAGGAACAAAAGGAGAAGCAACAACAACAACAACAGCCGCAUCCGGCCACACCAGCUUCGUUAAUGAAACUGCCUGCUUCCAAAGCUAAGAAGCCGCUCGCGAUCAACCAGGAACUGGCAGGACAGGAACAGCACACUGUUACGGAAAACAUUGAAUCGCUUGAGCUACCGGAGUCAAUAUCAAACCGACCCCUUGCGCCAAUCAAUACAUCCCUCAUGUCACCAUCUCCUCGCCUCGAACCGAACUCUUCAAGGAGUGCUUCGCAGCAGCCUCUCCAGUCUCCAAUUAUCCGAACCCCAGGCACAGUAUCAGCGAGUCAAAGUCCUCAGUUACGACCUGGGUCGUCCGGGCCCAGUGCGCGCAAGACACCUCAGCUGGCUUCUAGAAAUAGCAGAAAACGAUCGACCGGUUCGGUUCACGCCUCACCUGCUUUGUUGCCUCGGAUAUCCCCCAACAUUAAACCCCUUCUGCCUGGAACACCUGGUCUAUCCAUGGAGGACACGGCUUCACGUUUGCUCAUGACCAAAUCUAACUACCAGAACAUUUUGGAAGGGAAUACUGUACCCGGUGUCUCAUACCCCACCGAGUUGUCGACAAAUCUCACAUCAAAACGGACAUCCCACAAGAUUGCGGAGCAGGGGCGGAGAAAUCGCAUCAAUUCCGCCCUCCAAAUCAUGGCAAGUCUUUUGCCGGAUCAACAAAAGUUGGAAGAUGAGGAGGCCGAGAAGAAAGACAGCAAGUCGCAGGCCAACAUGCCGAAUAGCAAAGCCAGUGUGGUGGAGAAUGCCAUUGUGCACAUGAAGCAUCUUCAACAGGAGAAUGGUGAUCUGAAACUAGAACUACAGGAGCUGAAAAGUCAGCUGGAAAAGCUAAGAGCACCUGCGACUUGA